AUGGUACGCGGCAAGAAGAUCGGACUUGGUGAGUUCCUGGGCGACCAGGCGGCCGCUUAUAUCCCGGAGGCGGCGCUUCCGUCGGGUCCGCGUGCGCGCGCUGACGACGACGAUGGAAACUACCGCGGCGGCCGUGGCGGCGACCGCUUCGGCGGCGACCGAUACGCGGACCGCGAGCCGUCGCGCAGCGAACAGUCCGACCAGUGGCGCGGCGACCGUGGUGGCCGUGGCGGCGGCUUCGGAGACCGUGGAGGAGACCGUGGCGGAGACCGAUUCGGCCGCGGAGACGACAGUGGCAACUGGCGCGGCGGAGGCGACCGCUUCGGCGGCCCGUCGCGUUACGACCGUCCAUCGCGCGACGACUUCCAGGCCGAGGAGCGUCCGUCGCACAUGCGUCUGAACCUGGCGCGUCGUGGCGAAGGCUCGAGCUCCGGCGACGCGCGCAAUAACAGCGGCGACAAGUGGUCGAGCGCGUUCGGCGGCGGCAGUCGCGGUGGCGACCGGUUCGGACGGGAUGACCGUGGCGGCGACCGCUUGGGUCGUGACGACCGUUUCGAGGGUCGCGCGGGUGGCCGCUUCGCCCGUGGUGGCGACGAAGGUCUGUCAUCUGGCAUGUCCAACAUGCGCGUGAGCAGCCGACAGGAACAGACGCCGGCGGAGCCUGCAGUGUCCGACAAGAAGGCGCGUGCCCAGCAGAAACGUGAGGAGCGUAAGCAGAAGGCGGAGGAGGAGCGUCUGGCUGCUGAAGAGGCCAAGCGCGUGGCCGCCGAGGAGAAGAAGAAGGCCGAGGAGGCUGCUGCCAAGAAGGCGGACGUCGACCGGGAGACCAUGAAACAGGUGCUGGCCAGUGGAAAGAAGGGCGAGGAACUCGCUGAAGUCGCCAAGGAAAUCUUCAAGAAGAACGGACGUCCUAGCGGCGCUGUGCUCUUCGAAACGGUCACAGCUGCAGCGGAGGAUGUCGCCAAGUCCAGCGCAAACUGGAUCGCGUUGCCUGCGUACGGCGAGCUGCUGAAAUUCGGCAUGGAAUCUGCGGACAAGAAGGAUCAGAUGGAGGCUCUGUACGCUCUGCAGAUCUUCCUUAACAAGCACGAGUUCCCCAAGGGAGUGAUCGAGAAGUGCUUCAUGGCGCUCUACAGUUUGGACAUCAUUGACGAGGCUGGUUUCUUCGAGUACAAGUACGACGUGGACGGAGAUGUGCCUGGACGCAUGAAGGCUAUUAUCCAGACGUCUACGUGGCUCACGUGGCUUGAGACGCCGGAGGAGGAGAGCGACGAGGAGGAUGAAGAAUAGAUUACGUUGUUUUGAAAAGGGUAACUUACAUCUUUCGGUAAGAUAACCUCUUUGAAUGAAUAAGUGCAUCGAUCAUGUAAACACUUGC